UCCAGUGUUUCAUACUUAAAUAGUGUUAGGGCAUACCAUAGACUGGGGCAUACCAGCGGCAUACAUACCAUUUGGAAUUAUUUCUCAAAACUAAUUUUCUUCAACGAGAACUUUAUUGUCAACGUUGUACCGGAAAUCGUAUCUUUUUUUUCUUCUUCUGCGCGACUUGACAGCAGAGCCAAAGAAAGUGGCGUUGCAGGAUAACAAACGGAGGAGAGGCAGCUCGAACGGAGGCAGAGAGUCAGACCUGGUCCUGACAUUCUGUAAAAAUAUAUAUAUAUAUUUCGGAUAAUGCAGUCUUCCAAAAGGAGCGAGGGUGACUGGCAGGGGCUCGUCAGCGAGUUCCUGGUGUGUAAGCGCAAGCUGGAGAGUAAGAAAGAGGCCCUGCUCAUUCUGUCCAAGGAGCUGGAUACCUGUCAGCAGGAAAGAGACCAGUACAAGAUGAUGGCCAACCAGCUGAGGGAGCGCCACCAGGGACUCAAGAAAAAGUACACGGAACUCAUUGAUGGUGACCCCUCUUUGCCACCAGAAAAACGCAAUCAAGUGAACCUGGCUCAGCUGGUGAGAGACUCGAGGGAGCGAACGAAACAGCUGGCUGAGGAGGUGAAGGAGCUGACUCAGAGGCUCACCGAGGCCCAGGGGGAUAACAAGCUGCUGAGAAUGACCAUUACUCGACAGAGGCUGGGGGAUGAGGAGGUGGGCGCGCGCCAUUUCCCCGCCCAUGAACGUGAGGAUCUAGUUAACCAGCUAGAGAGAGCAGGGCUACAGAUGGAGGAGAUGGAGCACAACAUGAAGGCUCUUGCGGACGAGCUGCAGGACGUGAAGUCGGAGCGCAGUGUGUUCAGGGAGAAGACCUACCGACUCAACGUGGAGCUCAACCACAUCUUGGGCAACCGCGAGGCACGCAUCAUUGAUGUGGAUGCCCUCUGCAUGGAGAACAGGUACUUGCAUGAGCGUCUCAGCCAACUGCAAGAGGAAGUGAACCUGCUGAAAUCCAACAUCAUGAAGUACAAGACAGCUCUUGAGAGGAGAAAAAACUACAGCACAUAUGGGAAAUCAAACAGCAGUCCUCUAACCGGCGUCCUCUCAGCCAAACAAGUUCAGGAGAUGCUCCUGGAAGAGCAGGGCUGCAACCUGCCAGCCACGCCUCAGUCCAUCUCCGACCUCAAGUCCCUGGCCACGGCUCUGCUGGAGACCAUCCACGAGAAGAACCUGGUCAUCCAGCACCAGAGGCACACCAACAGGAUCCUUGGAAACAGAGUAGCUGAUUUGGAAAAGAAGCUGAAGACGUUGGAGGUUUCAGGACUGUGGAGUCUUCCAGGGACACGAGACAAUAUGACACUGAAUGAAAACCUUCAACCAGAGCUUCAUCCAACACGUGCCAAAACUCAGCCAAACAUGCAGCCAUCCAAAGCUGUGUCAGACGACAGAAGUUCACAUGAAUCAUCGUGGGAAUGCCACACCGCUGGCAGCGAUCUUGGCACAGAUGGCGUCAGCAGGGAAGACGCACCUGCACAGCUCAACAGCCUGGAGCCUCUGGUGGGGGUGGAGACAAAUGGGAUUGACAGGAGAGGGGGAGAAAUCGAGACCCUGAUGGGAGAUGGAGCCGCCUCAGGGCUGGUGGAGGGGCGGAGUCCAGUGGAAGAAGCGGGGCAUGAGGUAGAGGGAGGGGAGGAUGAAGAACUGGGUUCCACGGUGGAGGAAGGAGAAGAGGCAGCUCUGGCGCUGGGUGUAAUGUCCACUGAGUCAGACCUUUCAUGGCUUCCAAUGAAACAAGCCUCUUUUGAUCAUUCAGAAGUGGGUCAUCAUGCACCUGAACAUGUAGAAGACUCUGUAUCAAUUCCAGAGAACCAGUCCACAGAGGUGUCGAAUACAGAGGACUGGGACAUUGUGGAUCUGCGCAGUGACACCUGUCAUAGUGACAGCUUGGCAUGAUCGGACGUCACUGAAAGACUUAUUUAAAUCCACGUCCUUGUCGUUCUCAUUGAUAAUUGCAUUAAUCAGCCCUACUUGCAUUCACACACCGUGGCCACCGCACGCUAGCUCCCUGCUCCACCUAGCAGCUCUGUUUUACUCAAUAAAACAGAGAGAAAAAAACACUUUUUCAGCCACCGUUGACAGAGCCGGAGGUGCUACUAGACAGGGUCGUUGCUGCGCUGGAACACAAAAUCUUGAAAUCAAUGGAGUUGCAAACUUCAUGCCCUACAGGAAGAAUUUAGCUAGGAAAAUAACAAAUAUAGCAACCUCAACUCCUGUGCCCUAUAUUCCCUUCUUACUUUCCCCUAGGAUAAGAUGAUCCCAAUUGUUUGCUUUCUUCUUCCUCCUAAGGGAUGCCAAUAAACUGAGUACUGCAUUUUGCUAUUCUCAUAGGGGGUCAAAAUUGGCUUACUAAAACUUGUAAUGAAUGUGCUGUACGUAUGUCUUUUGAUGUGUAUUCAUCUCUACGUAUGAUUAGGUGAAUCUUACUAAUCCGUCAGUUAUUUAUUUAUUUAGAAGUUGAUAUUUGGAUGAGACUACAUGUGCCUUAUAUGUGGAAAUAUAUACUGAUAUUUAUUAAUAUAAAUUAAUAAACCCGCAAAAUAACCUGU